UCAGUACCUAGGUAGCUCGGCGGAAAGCGAGCCCCGGCACCGGCCGGUAACGCCACUUACUAAACACGGCCCGAAGAGAGGGUCCCACUUUAAUGGUAUUACCUAAUAAUUCUUCAACGUGCGAAAGUAUUCCGUAGUUACUUUCACCCCGUUAUCAAUGAAACCCUUUUAUCGAUAAAAGCUUAGAAGUCUUAGGGCGAACCUUGGCACCAGAAGUUCCAAUUAUGUACUAGAAUGCGCCAACUUUCAUAAGCUCGGAUGAUAAAGAUAUCAAUCGAUGCUUUUCUAACCAUCAUUGCCUAGAUUGCCUAGCUUUUUAUGGCUUCAGAUUCGGCCUCGAGCCCGGACAAAGUUCCUGUGCUGCUCCUCAAGACGAAAUCAUCGCCGAGCGACGCAUACGAAGACAUCUUUUCUAUUCCCAAUGAUGGUUUCCCUUCUUUUGAACCCAUCUUCGUCCCUGUCCUUCAGCACAGGUUUGAAGAUGACGGUAUGCAACAAUUCGAAAAGUUACUACGGGAGAGGAGGAUAAACCGUAGCGCCGAUAGCGCUUACGGCGGCCUCAUCUUUACCUCACAGAGAGCAGUCGAGGCAUUCGCCAAGUUAGUUGAUGAGGGCAAAGGUGAUCAGACUUGGCCGCACCUCCAAGACAUACCAGUCUAUAGCGUGGGCCCUGCUACGACCCGAGCGCUCAAGGCUAUUCCCCAGACGCCCCCGCUCCAAAUCUUUGGUGAGCAUACCGGGAAUGGUGAUGCGCUCGCACGGUUCAUAUUAGACCACUACGGCGAAUGGUACAAAGACUGUCCCACCAAGCCUCCGCUACUCUUCCUAGUAGGAGAGCAGAGACGGGACAUCAUACCAAAGACGCUAAUGGACGAGACUCUGCCGGAUGGUCAACGGAUAGAAGUAACAGAGAUAGUGCUAUAUGGCACUGGUGUUAUGGAGUCUUUUGCUAGUGACUUUGCGGACGUACUACAGAGGACAGCAAGCCGACCGGAACGAUGGGUGGUGGUUUUCUCACCGACGGGUUGCGACAGCAUGUUGAAGGGGUUGGACUUACUCGACCAGGAGACAGGUAAGGCCAUUGAGAAGGCGGACGAGGUGAAGCCGCCAACCUCGAUCGCGACGAUCGGGCCAACGACGGCGAAUUAUCUCAAAAAGAUGUUUCAUUAUGAGCCUAAACUGUGUGCUAAGGAACCUACUCCGGAAGGAGUACGACAAGGCAUACUCGACAUUAUGGUAAAGGAUAUAUAGAUUAUCUAAGGUAGGUGAUGGGACUAGAGUUAUGGGCUUGGAUUUGGACAUAUACGUA